UGCACCAGGAGCAGUGCCCACAGAAACCCAGGGAGAGAGAGGGCAGUGCACCAGACAUGGGUGUCUCUCAUGAGCCACAGAUCCCAGCCAGGGCCAGGCUGGAGUGAGAGCCACCAGCAGAGAAACUGGGCAUUCUCCUGGCCCCUCCAGCUGUGAAGGGAAGGAGCACAUGAGAGCUGCUGGGAAGAGACUGUAUUUACAGCUCCAAAGGCAGCCCAAGAAAGGAGGCAAGCAAGGGAGAUAGCCCUCUCCCAGCUGGACUCAGCCCCAGCUGGUGGGUUUUUAAGCCCAUGCCCAGCCUCUUGGUCCGAGCUCUCACGGGCGGAUUGGAGCAGGAAGUACUCUGAAGUACAGGGACAUUUCUCUAAGGGAUCCUUGAACCUACACAAUGUGCUUUCCCCCCACAAAGUAGGACGCAUUGCCCUCUCCUCGGGCCAGGUGGCUCAGCUGUCGAGUACAAGCCGGCUGUUCUGCAGGGCAACCCAUCUCCUGAGCUGGUGCUGAUGGGAGGACAGGCCUGACAUUGCUGGAGUAUCAUCUCUUCCCCCAAACACGCCACUCCUAACAGGACACAGUCAGAUUUCUUCUUGCUCUUACUGACAAUGCCUGCUUCUGGGUGGCCAUAGAAACUUUGGCUCCUGGAGAGAAAGGACCAUCUCUUUGGUGCCGUGUUGAAGGAUGGCUGGAUCCCUCCCUGCCAGCCACUGGCUCCUAUUACUGUGUGUGGGAUUCCUGGCAGUGGCCUCAUGUGUUGGCUCAGUGGGGUCGGAGAAACUUGGAAGCAGAAGAAGCCGAGAGAAGAAAUCCCAGUGGAAUGAGUAUCCCCCAGGCCAGGGAAGAAGCAGCAUGCCUUUGCCAGCCUCUAACAACCCGGAACCCCUUCCUGAGCAGUCUCGCAGCAUCGACCCCAGGGACGCCUGGAUGCUCUUUAUGAAACAAUCAAACAAAGGGGUGAAUAGCAAGAAACGGGACAAAGGCAAAUCAAAAAAAUUCAAGUUUGGCCUGCCAGGCCCACCAGGUCCCCCCGGCCCUCAAGGAGCCCUGGUGACACCAGAAGAAUUGCUGAAAGACUUCCGGCUGCUGCUGAAAGAGGUGGUAAAAGAGCGGGAGAGGAUAAGCCUGAAGGCCUGUGAAGGUUGCCAGGAAGGUGAGGAAGAGGAGGAGAGAGGAGAAGAUGACAUCUUGGCACUUGUUGCUGGUCCGUUGGCAAAGAGUAAGCCACAGCAUCGAGUGGAGGCAGCCUUCCACUGCCGAAUACGGAGAAACAUUUCCAUUGAACGGAGAUCCCUGCAAGAACUUCGGAUCUAUUACAUACCUCAGAAAGAGGGGGUGUUCCAUCGAGGCCUGGGGCUGAACCUGACCAGCGGCCAAUACACAGCACCUGUUGCAGGGUAUUACACCUUCACCGCCACCUUGCACAUCGUUCAUGGAGAACAACAGAAGAAAGGGCAACAGCGUGCGAGAGAUCGCCUGCGGGUACUGAUCUGCGUCCAGUCUCUGUGUCAACAUAACAUUUCUCUGGAGACGGUGGCUGGUUUGGACAGCAGUGAACUUUUCACCAUCUCAGUCAGUGGAGUCCUGUACUUACAGGCUGGCCAGUAUGCCUCGGUUUUUGUAGAUAAUGCCACUGGAUCAUCCCUCACUGUUCGAAGUGGCUCGGAUUUCAGCGCUGUUCUUCUGGGGGUGUGAAUGGUCUCAAACCACCUGCCCUUACACGCUAUUUUGUCCAUUUCUAUCUGGCAGUCUCCUCCCCUCACAACUGUGAGUAACUGGCUCAAAAUUACAAUGAUAAAGGCACUUUCUUGCAACUACAGUUCUAAUACCUACGGUAAAGAGUUAUGAUUUGCCUAGUAUCAGAGGGGUAGCUGUGUUAGUCUGGAUCUGUAAAAAGCGACGAAGAGUCCUGUGGCAUUUUAUAGAAUAACACAUGUAUUGGAGCAUAAGCUUUCGUGAGUGAAUACCCACUUCGUUGGAUGAUUUGCUUAGACUUUCGUUAUUAGGCAGUUGAAACUGAAUCAUGAAUUUCCACAUGAAGCC